UCAUCCCAAGUCAAUCAGCAAAGGCAAAACAUCUCAGCAGAAUGAGCAAACUGGUUUCUUUAUUUGUGGUCACGAUUUGUGUGUUUGCGUCUUUUGCGGCGGCGAUCCCUGAAGGUCCGUAUUUCCAACCACUGAUCUAUUAUCCACCUCCACCGGUCUCCACCCAGCCCAUCCGGGUGCGUCGCCAGGUGCUGGGCGGGUCCUUGACCUCCAAUCCCAGUGGCGGAGCCGAUGCCAGGUUGGACUUGACCAAGGCGAUAGGAACUCCGCAGCACAACCUGGUGGGCCAAGUGUUUGCGGCUGGUAAUACCCAGACCGGAGGUCCUGUUUCCACUCCAGUUACCAGUGGAGCUACCUUGGGUUACAACAAUCAUGGUCAUGGCCUGGAACUCACAAAAACCCAUACCCCUGGAGUUCGCGACAGCUUCCAGCAGACGGCCACCGCCAAUCUGUUCAACAACGGAGUCCACAACCUGGAUGCCAAGGCCUUUGCUUCCCAAAAUCAGCUUGCCAAUGGCUUCAAGUUCGACAGGAAUGGAGCUGGCUUGGAUUACUCGCAUAUUGGUGGCCAUGGAGCCAGCUUGACGCACAGCAACAUUCCCGGACUGGGCAAGCAGCUGGAACUCGGAGGACGAGCCAACCUCUGGCAGUCCCAGGACCGCAACACCAGGCUGGACCUCAGCGGAACGGCCUCGAAAUGGACUAGUGGACCUUUCAAGGGGCAGUCAGAUCUGGGCGGUAAUCUGGGACUUUCCCAUUACUUUGGCUAAUAUUGGAAAGCUUUUCCUA